AUCAAAGGUCAACUAAAGACAUUGGCAAUCUCAGAGAGAAAAAGUCUGUAUAGGACAUAUAUAUGAGUAGAUAUAUAUAGGUGUUUCAUUGGACAUGAAAGGACCAAAGGAAAUAAUCAGAGGAUUUGUUUUGAUAAUACUUUAUCAAAGAGUUGCAGCGUUUAGUGAGGAUGUGUUUAAAGAUGGUGCAAAAGGACUUGAGGUAGUUCAACAAACAGUCGAUUUGAUUGGACAAACGUGUCUUCUUGACAAUGAUUUCUUUCUAAUACGGAUGGCAAACAUUGAAACGACAUAUGGAACAGACGGACAAACAUACAGACAGGGGUAUAACGGAGGAAUAUGGAAUAUUGGACAAGAUUUAUUUGAUAAGACAAAGAAUGAUCCGAAAUUAUACGAAAGUUACCGAGCAAUUAAGAACAAUCUCAACAUUGAUUGGACAAAUGUCACGUGGCACGACCUCCGGAAACCGAUAUAUUCUGGCCUUGCAGCGUCUCUAUUGUUGCUGUCCAAAAAUGUACGUAGUAUUCCAGAUAGCAUUGAGGUGCAGGCGUCAAUAUGGGGUAUCCUUCGUGACGGCAACCAGGCGUUUGAUUUCUUUUCAAAGUCGCAAAGUAUUCGUGCAGACUGCGACCCAGAGAAGAUAAUUGAUGUUGCUAUUGUCCUUGACUUUCAUAACCUCUCAACCCCGGAUCUUGUGCACGUGAUUUCUUACCUUCAGGCAUUGAUAACUAAACUUCCGGUACAAAAUGAUAACACGAGGGUUGCUAUAGUAACCAAGAAAGGGCAACCAAUAGCCGGGUGGUAUUUGAACAGUUCAAGACCAGGAUUCACUCUUUUUAAUGCAUUAAAGAUUUUAAGGUACACAGCUGGACCUACCACUGCGGCGGAUUCAAUAAAGUAUGCACGUGAAAAUAUGUUCACAACGGCACACGGCGCUCGAGGUGGCUCAGCACGUGUCGCCGUUCUAUUGACAGAUGGAAUUUCUAAGUUAGAAUCAGCUAAACAAGAAGCCAAAAAAUUAGAGGGUGAAGGUAUUUCACUUAUCGUGGUAGCAGUUAAUGAAAAUAUAACAAAUACUUUCAACAACAGAUUCAGUUACAUAGCGUCGGUACCAUCCUGUCGUAACACCAUUCAAGUUGAUAAAAUACAUAAAUUAAACGACAGUAUUGACAGAUUAGUGCGAGAUGUAUGUAGUGUGCCUGUGCUACUUAAAGCUGGUAACUAUACGUAUCCGUGUAAUAGAUCUAUAGUAGCAAAAUUACCAGACACGACUAAUUCUGUUAGUGUAAUGGUUUCCUCACAAGGUGGUAAGGUUACUCUUUACGGGGCAAAGGAAUAUAUGAACCCGAGCCAGUCAGCGCACGAUGUCAAACUAAAUUCUGGUACACCAGAUACAAGCACGGGCGUGCUAUAUGUCCGAGGAACUGACCCUAUCUUCAUCAACGUCUCUCAACAAUCAGCGAACAAUACAUGCACUGGUUCUUUUACUGUCCAUGUGAAACAAGGGAAGGAUUUGUUCGAGGGUAGGAUUGGUGUUUGCAUUGUUGCAGAUACUGUAAGCCCAUGUAAUGACUUAGAGAUGGGUUUUACAUCACAUGAUGUUAUCCUGUUACCUGGUGAAAAUCUAUUGGACCUAUGCGACCCAGCAAAUAGUUCCUUAGAAUUCUACCCUCAUCCGGUCGACGCCCAUAAAUUCAUCAUGUGCGACCAGCAUGACACUAUUUUCGUAGGCCUGUGUCCAAUAGAAAAUUUGCCAUGCCGUCAGAUGGGUUCCGGCUGCACUUAUAGCAAUCCAUGCGCAAAUAAAGGACUAUUUAACAGCGACAUGUAUCAUAAUGAUCCAUGCGGGAACCAGUCCGUAUACGUGACGUGCACUCAUUUCGGAAUUGCUUUGCGAUCUACAUGUUCCCUUGGACGGAUUUGGAACGAUGAUACGUCAGCGUGUGUGUUCAAGGAUGUACGCAACAACACAGCUAUUGGAAUGACAGGGAUCGCUGGUAUAAGUAACCCGUGCAUUCACGAACAUUCAGACCACGUGUACUUUCCCUACCCCGGUGACAUAGGGAAAUAUAUAUUCUGUGAUUCACAUGGUAAUGCUUAUGCAAGAACGUGCACUACCGGGCACUGGAACCAGCAAACAAAAACGUGCACUGAAGUAAAGCUACCGAACAUAAUAGGCUGACAGUCACUUACAAUUUGCUGAUAUUGCCUUGUUUAAUUUGAUUUGUAUGAGAUAUGCCAAACAAAGGCUUAUUUAAGACACAAUAUGCCUUAGAAUCGAAAUAAAAUUUCCUUUUAUAGAAAGGGCAGA